AUGAGCCUCGCGUCGCUUGACGUUCCAGUUUCCCCGUCUGCGCCACUUUUGCCAGGCGAAACCUAUUUUCUCACGCCGAGGCGCGCGUCCGCUCGCGAACAGGCCAAUUCAAUCCGUUUCACGACGUCCCCCGCUGCUUCGACUGGCGCAUCCGCCUUCCGCGCGCCGGCUUCUCUCCCUCUGCGCAGCCCCCGCGCCGUGAGCGACGGUAACAUCCCCCUGAUGCGAGGCACCACCGCCGGCGGCUGGGCUUUGCGACGCGAUUUAGAAGCGAGCGUCGCGAAUGUGUCGUUCAAUCAUUCCUCGACGCUUCAGACGAGAUCAACGUCGAUAACGGCGGCGGCGGCGGCGGCGGUUGAGUCAAUUCCGAAUCUAAGUCAAACCGCCGGCGUGUGGUCGUGCGCUUCGUCGUCGUCGGCCGCCGAGUCGCCGAGUUGCGCCAGCGGCAGCACGCGGAGCCGCGAAGAGACCCUCGAAACCUGCUUCGGCGCGCAAGAAAGCUUCGGUUCGGGCCGAGGCAGCAGCUUUGACGACAACGACGAUGAGUCGGACUGGAGCCGACGCCAUCAUGACGGGCCGUCAAGUUCGUUUAACGGCCGUCACGGCUACUAUACCGACGACUGGAAAGCGCCUGUGCUCCAGAAAUCGAGGACGUACUGCGGCGCGCAGCGCGGCAAUAGCGGCGACGAUUCUAUGCUUCACGCCGAUGAGGUUCCAUUGCGAUGCCACGUGGCCCCUUCUCCGCGAGCCGCGCCGAACGCCAUCCUCGCCGAGUUGGCCGUUCUAGAAGAGGAAAUUCCCCUCGAGAUGCCCCUUGAAGAGCCUGCUAGGGACCUGAACUUCAGUGCUGCUGCGACAUCUGGCGCGCCCGGCGCUCCCCGCGCCCGCGCUCCGCCGCCAGCCGUCGCGGAGGCGGCGUCGCUGAAAGGCAAGGUGCUGGCGGCGCUCGCGCGCUUCACCCCGCGCCACCUGCGCCGCGCCGCGUCGGCUUCGUCAUCCGGCAAGGAAGCCAUGGCUGCUACUGAUGCGCCUCUGCCUGGGAACGAGGGGUUUAUUGAGAGCAUGUCUGUGGGGUCUGUGGGAUCCGCAAGACGCAAUGCUGACCUUCCCCCGCUCGCAGUGGCUGCCGCUGCGGCUGCGGCUCAUCGUGGCUUCGGCCGCUCGGGGACGACGUGCGGUGAUGAUGAUGCUGAGUCAGCGCAGGGCUGGGUUGACAUGGAAGGUCCCAUGCUCAUGAUGACGGACACGCGCAUCCGCCACCUCGCGCCGCCCGGUUCAGGAAGCAGCAGCAGCGGCAUGGGGCGACAGGGGCGUGCUGCUUCCCUUGCAGCUGCGCAGGGGGGUGAACACCCCUUGGAACGCUGCGACGAGUGGCACAGUUACUCUUCUGGGUUGACACCUCUGCAGAGGGCGCAGGUUAGGUUAAGUGAGGAUUCGCUACGGGAGCGAAGCGGUAGUGCAGCAGCUAGAAACGAGUACGUCAUGCCUCCUGCUAGUGAGAGAUACCUCUCUGGACCACCUCUCCUCCAAGCGACAUAUUGA